AACUUCCGGAUGGGCCGCGCGGGGCAUGACGGGAAGAGGGAAAGGAGGCGCCGGGAAGCAUGGAUGCCCACGAGCUGUUUCGGAAGCUGGGCGCCGGCGCCAAGUUUGACGUGAAGCGUUUCCGGGGGGAUGCGGAGCGUUUCAAGGUGAUCAGAACUAAGGAGAAAGAAGCUGACGCAUCAGAAAUUCUGGGAGGUCUUGACUUUUUUGCUAACAAAAAGGCAACUGGUCCUGAUAAUGUUAAAGGGGGAAAUAAGCCUGUUGCAGACCAUGCAGAUGUACAAGAGCAGGCUGAAUCUUACCCUGAGGAAGAAAUAGUGAAAUCCACACCAGGGAAGAAGACAGGAACUGCCAAGAGGAGAAAAGAUAUACAAAGCAAUGAAGGC